AUGGUGACGGUUGCCGAGAGCCAUCUGAAGCGACUCGAAGCGGCGGUCACGACCAGAAGCUCAACUGCUUCAGCUCCUGCUGCAGCUCCAGCUCCUGCUCCAGCUCCUGCUCCUGCUCUGACCCAUCCGGUGGUUGAAAACUCGACGGCGGCACGUUUCGUGUCCCGGUUGAAGGAGAUCCAGCAACCCAAACCGGGCGUGGACCUGGCGCCGGCCUACGAUGGACCAUCUCCUCCCGUCUACGAGUACUUUACCCUCAACUCGGAUACAUCUCCACUGAUUGUUCACGCGACAGACGCAAAAUGCACAUUCAAAAUGCCACCGUACCCCUACGCCGUCUUCCUCGCCCGCCAGUUUAUGAUCUACGUCGCCCACGACUGGCACUGGUUCCGUCUCCGCCGCUUUCACGAGCGUCUUGUCCGAGUCUACACGACGCCGGAUGCGCCUGACUCCAAAGACCGCCUCUGGCUGUGCCAGUUGCUCGUGGCCUUUGCCCUCGGCGCGUCCAUCGGCGGCCACGAUCCCACGUCGCACGUUCGUCGUCCAGGCUCGGCGCCGCCAGAGACACCAAUCCAAGUGUCGGCUGUGUCGAGUGUGGCAAGCCACGUGCCAGGAGCAGAAGUGUCGGGUCCGUCCGCGACGCCGUCGACAUCUGCCAACAUUCCCGGCGUCGAGUACCUCGAACAAGCACUGGGCCUGCUCAAGAUCCCGUACGAAGAGGCCUCCGUCGAGCACAUUGAGACGUUAAACAUGGUGGCCCUCUGCUCCUACGGUCUGAAUCGGCAACAGACCACCUACAUGUACGCCGGCGUCAGCGCGCGCAUGUGCAACAUGCUGCAGCUGCACCUGGCGGCGUCGUCCCGCGACUGCGGUCCCGUCGAGCGCGAGAACCGAAAACGCGUCUGGUGGACCACGUUCUGCAUCGACCGCAUGGCCAGCACGCAGAUGGGCGUCCUGCCCGCGCUCCACAUCGACCAGGCCGACCUCACCUACCCGGCCAGCGACGGACUGGCGCGCGAGGACAUGGCGGAGUUUGCGGACCCCGACUACCUGACGGCGCGCAUCCAGCUGACCGUGAUCCAGGCCGACGCCGUCGGCAGCGGCGAUGCCGACACAGACGACACGCCCGCCCUCGGCCGACUGACGGCGUGGAAGGCUGCGUUGCCGGUGCACAUGGCCGUCCCCUUCCACGCGGGCAUGGCCGCGUCCGAGGACGAUACGGCCGUCCUGCGGUCGCUCGCCAACCUGCAUCUUCGCUACAAUCAUUGCGUGAUCCUUCUCCUCCGACCACGUCUUCUUCGGCAAAUCGCUUCGAUUGUCGCCAACGAUGCGCCCAACGAGGACUCGCCCGCACGUGAAAAGACGCUCCGGCAAAACCUCAACCACAUCUGCCUCGAUGCCGCGCGGUCCAGCCUCAACAUGCUCUUCGAUCUGCGGGCGUGCGGUCUCUUGACGCACCUGGGCUUCAUGGAGAACAUGCAUCUGUUUUCCAGCCUCGUCGUCCUGUGCUUGGCCAAGCUCAUCAACACGCGACGGCCCCACAGCUUUCCCGCCGACCCGCGCGACGACGUGGCCUACGACACGGGCAGAGACCUGAUGCAGGACAUGGCCGCGGCGGGCAGCCUGGCCGCACGGGGGCAUCUCCGCAUGCUGGCCGACGUCGAGGCACUGGCACGCAGCAUCGCGGCGGUCGACGGCGACGCCGCUGUCGACGUGCGCGUGGAACAGCGGGACGCGGACGACUGGAUCGCUCUGUUGUUUGACGAGAACCUGGCCGAUCCUUUUUAA